CGAAACGGCGGGGGCGGGUAGCGGAGCGCGGGGCCCGGCACGACCGGCACGGCUCGGGGUCUACUGUACGGUCUGGGGACCCCCACCGUGGCCAGAGAAUUCUCACUAUGGCCUGGACACCCUUAGUAUGAUCUGGGGACUCCCGCCAAGGGCAGAGAACUCUCAUCACAGCCUGAAGACCCUUGGUAUGGCCCAGGGACACCCACUGUGGUUCAUGGCUCACAACCCUCAUCAUGGCUUGGUGACUUCCAUCGUGGCUUCAGGACCCCAACCAUGGCCUGGUGACCUCUACCAUGGCCUAGGGACCUCCAUUGUGUCAUGGAGGACCCCUUGCCCUGAGGUACCUCAGGCUUUUGCGGAUAUCCCACCAUGUGUGGCAACCAGCGGAUACCCAGCAGGGCACAGGAGGUACUCUGGGAGCUCUGCGUUUUUGGCAAUUUCCUGGCAGUGAGUCAUGGUGGUGCCAGUCUCGGCCACAGGAGCUGUGCAGGGCUGGAUGGCACUUUCAGGAAGUGAAACAGGUGCCAGGAAAACACCCCAACAGCCCAAGUCCACGCAAACCCGGGCCACGCACAUCCCCGGCCCUCUCAGCAUGAUGCAAUCUCCGACACACUGGGUGGACCAUGAGGAUGAGCAGUGUCCUUAAAGGCCAUGACUCUGAAGUGUCCACACAGUGGCAUGAGUGCGCACAAGAAACUGAGCAGAUGGCAGGGUCCUGCGCCCACUGGUGUUGGGACAGUGAGAACAAGAGGGGUGAUAGAGGAGGCACAGCUGACCAUGGCACCAGGGGUCUGGGCAUUGCAGAAGGAAGCCGUGGAGAAAUGGUGGAAUGGCAGCACUUGCAUCACCGGCCCCUUCCGGGACACCCACAAUCCCUGGCCCUGACAAGGGUGGGUGUCCUUACAGCUGGGCUGGGGCUGGGAUUGGUACUGGGGUCAGAGCUGGCUGAGUGAGUCGAGCUCCCUACUGGGUCAGCCAAAUGGCAGGCUGGCACAGGGUCCCUGGUCCCACACAUCAGCCCUGAAUAUCCCCUCUGUUCUCUUUCCCACACACCAGCCCUGGAGCAUCCUUCUGCUCUGCCCCACAACCCAGCUCCAGAUAAUUCCCUGCUCUGCCCCAUACUCUGGCCCUGGAGCAUCCCCUGCUCUGCUCCAUGCUCCACCUCCCCACUGCACUGCUUGGGGGCAAUCAACCCCCCCCAGCCCUCCAGUCUCAACAGAGAAAUUGGGCAAAACCGGGAGUUGCGAAACCUGGAAAUCCCACUCUGACGGCGCUUCCUUCUAGGGACUCUUGAAAACCAGCCACACUGACACCAGGCUCAGAGAGCAGCCAAGCAGCACUGCAGGCAGGACAGACAGGAGCAGGCAGCCAAGUGCCUCAGAAGUUUGCAGGUACUGUGAAGUCUCUACCCAGGUCUCUGCAGUCAGUGGCAGCAAUGGCAUUCGUCCCUGAUUUGGACACACUUGAGAGCAGCAGCCUGAACGAGGAGACGUUGUAUGGCCCCAACUGUCCCUGCCCACAGAAGGUAAUGCUGGGGCAAUGGGAGUGGUGGAGUCCAUGUCAUAUGGAAGCCAGGCUCUCACCCUGCAUCCCCUUUCUUCCCCAGAAGCCCCGACUAGACUUGGAGGUGACAUCGCCAGGGGUGGGCAUCCAGGUGACAGUGACAAAAGGUCACCUUUCCAGGACCUUUCGCCAGGCUGCCAUCCUGGUGGUUGCUGUGACCAAGCUCCUAAAGCAGCCAUCGCACAAGGACUUUGCUGAUAGUGACCUUGGCAGCUUCUUGGAUGAUAUUUUCGAGCCCGUCUCCUUCGAGUGCAUCAAGGGCAGUUAUACCAGGGCACCCGUUUUCCGCUACACUCGCUCCCAGUCCUUCGACAUCCUGGACAUUGACCACAAGUGCUUUGUGCUGGAGUCACCCACCCAGCUGGUGGCCUUGCACCUGCAGGGACCUUCUGCUGGACGGAAAGUGAAGCUCAACAUUGCUCUGUACCGUCCCCGGUCAUCACAGGGCAGUCCAGGGUCUGGAAGGGUGCCGGUGGCAUUGGGUAUCAAGGGCUACCAGCUCUACAUGUCAUGUGUGAUGAGUGGCACUGAGCCCGUGCUGCAGCUGGAGGAAGCUGACAUCAGGAGGGAUAUUGAGAGUGUGGAGUUGACCCGCUUCAUCUUCUACCGCCUGGAUAGCCCAGCUGAGGGGACCACCCGCUUUGAGUCAGCCGCCUUCCCUGGCUGGUUCAUUUGCACAUCCCUGCAGCCCCGCCAGCCUGUCGGCAUCACAAAUACCCCAGACCAGGUGAACAUUGCUACCUAUGAGCUGAGUGGGCGGUGAGGACCCUGCAUCAACCCAACCGGCAGUCACCGGUUUUCAGGCUGUAUGUACUAAGUACAACCCCCUGGGACAUAGCCCCCCUCCCCAUCUAUUUCAUGUGAAACUAGCAGCUCUGGACCCCAUGGGCUCGCACCACCCCAAUAUGUAUUUAUUUAUUUAUUUUGUCUGCCCCUUGCUUUGGUACUUACUUAUUGUGCCCCCUUAUUUAUUUUUGUAUUUAAUUUGUAUGUGGAUGGAAGUGGAAAUAAAA